UUUUGACUCUCCGCGACACGACUUGUCGAUCGUCACUGGACCGUCUUGCCAUAUACUCCCUGCCACUGGUCACCAGUUCCGACAGAUCUCACAUUUGAGUUGAGCUAUUGUGAUGGAGUCGGCGCGUAUCGAUGCGGGGGAGGCGGUGGAGUUGCGCGGACACGUCGUGAACUGCGUGGCAGAUCGCUUCCGUAGUUCGCGCCUGUUCGCGCUCCAUUGAUUCCGUGCACACGCGCAUGGGCUGACCUGGUUGUGAUCACUCUCCCACUUUCCGAGCCGGCACUCGCUCGACAGGCUGCGUACCCCGUCCUCCCUUCGACAGCGGGCUGUCGCACACUAAUUGAACACUCACGACGGCAACCAUGCACUCCGGGGAGUCUUCUAGCACGACGCUCACUGCCGAGUACCCGAGCGAACAACCAGCCCCCACGUCUCCGGUUCAACAGCCCGCACCGUCAAAGCGCCCGCGCCCGCCUGUCGCGGGCGAUCGUACCGAGCCUGAGAGCAAGCGUCUCGGGCCCUCGUCCGGCGCACGAGCCAAUCCAGGUGACCGCAGCGCGGUCAAGGCCGUCACUCGGGGCGCUGCACUCGCUGCGAGACGCGCGCAUCUGGUGGCCCUCGGGCGCGACCUGGAGGCCUGCCAGGAAGACAUCGCGCAGACGAACGAGCGGCUCGCUCGGUGCGAGGUCCAGCUGUCUGAGACGGUGACGCCGCGCGGGGACGCAGACGCCGAGCUGGCGGACGUGCGGGCUCUGAUCGGCGAGGGGCAGGUGCUCCUGGCCGAUAUGACCGCGGAGCGAGACAAGCUCGCGCAGGAGGCAGCGACGGAUGUGAUACAGGCCCUGCAUGACAAAAUCGCUUUGGAGAGGUUACGACAAGUCCGGGCAGCGCAAGCGGUCACUGUUGGUAAGCAUAUUGGGGUGCUUCUCUGGAGCGGGUGCUCACAAAGCCUGUUAGUUCCCCUCCACGACCGGCCGCCUAUCGACUUCAAUCGGCUUGCGUCGACGCAAGCCGAGGUCGAUAGGCGGCCGGUCGCGGAGCGGAACAUCCAGAGUGAGCACGAUCAAGGAUGCGUGCUCAUGAAUGCUGACCACGAGCGACGAGCAGUCAUGUGCGAGAGGUUCGCCCGGGAAAUGUGGGAUCUGAUGGAUGAGAGGCUUGAUGAGCUGCCCCCUUUGCCGGCGGCUGGAGGCGCUCACGCUGCACUAGCAGCCGGAGGAUGAGCGCGCUGUUCGCAAGCGCAAGGCAAGCUCUGCCCCACCUUGUUGUCUGCCUGGGAGAGGCCUUCGCUGGGAGUCGAGGAGCAUCCUCACGCGGCAGGAUGGGGUGAGCGCGACGAUUGCUCACCUAUAGCGUCGGUGUGGAUGUUUUCAUCCAGCUCGCCGUCGGUGUGUUCAGUGCCCGAUUGAUAUACGUUGUA